AGCAGAAGCAGCGCAUGUGUGGGCAGGAAAAAUUCACCACUACUGAAUAAUAAGAAAUCUAACGGAUUUUCAACAGAUAAAAAGAUCAAACAUUGAAAUCACCAACAAAACGCCAGCCAUGGUACUACGAGAGAUUUUCUUCCUGUCGAUGGCCCUGACGGCUGUUACUGUGCGCGCCUGCCCGUCUGCCUGUAAGUGUACGGUGUCUUUGUACGGGGAGAUGGUCGUGGCCUGUGGCGGGCUGGGACUCACUGAAAUCCCCGAGGACAUUCCUCGUCGUGCCGUCUACCUCAUCCUUAAAGACAACAACAUCACUAAAGUCAACUCCUACAGCUUCAAGGGACUCAGGAACCUACAAGGAAUCGACUUGAGCAACAAUAAGAUCAACCACAUUUCCUCAGCAGCGCUAAGACAUCAAGGACAUCUUGAUGAUCUUGACCUGUCAAUGAACAAAUUGACAAGCGUGUCUCCGAAGCUUUUCGACUUCCCGAUAUCUUCAGCUAAGAGUCAGGGACGGCGUUUCUUCGUCUACUUGGCGAACAACCCUUGGGGCUGUGACUGUCGCAUGGCCUGGUUGGCUGAGAAACUAGCGGAAGGGUCCAAAACGUUCGGGGACAGGCACGUGGAGUGCGCCACGCCGGCUGAGCUCGCCGGGCGAAGUCUGUCCGACGUCCCGCCGGCUUCCUUCGUGUGCUCCGGUCGCGCGGUCAGUCCUAACGGCGAGGACGUCAUCGUGACGCCGGGAGAACCGACCGCCUUUCCGAUAGCGUACAAAGUCGCCGUGGUGUUCGGGUGCAUUACCGGGCUUGUGACGAUACUACUGUUAGUUCUAACGGCCAUGUUGUACCAGAAGAGAAGAAUUAGGCUAGGGAGCAAGUAUGAACUGAGGUGGAACAAGCAUCCAGAGUUUGUGUGAUCACAAAAACUUUCCACUUGAUGACUCAUCUUGUGAACAAAACAACAAUACUUCACCUACCCUAUGAAUCAAUGUAAUUGAUGCUGCAAUAGGGUUAUAUGAUACCUCAAUGUAUACAAUAUUUAUUCCUUGACAUCUAUUUUUAAUGUGCAAGUUUUGAAUUUGUGGCUUUUAAGAAGCAUGUUUUGACUUUAAUGUGUUCUAUGUAAAUAAGUCCAAGAUAUUUAGCUGUGAUUUGAAUAAAGACAAAAGUACAUUGU